GUGACAGAUCUUCCGGGUCGACGGAAAGUUUGCCUGUGCUGCACAAAGCCAGGACUGUCUGCAAAGGAGGAGUGCCGUCUGUCCUGUUGAGCUCCUCCUGGUGUGUGUGUGUGUCGGGUGUGUGUGUACACCAUGGCGAGCCUCCUACGUGUCGUGGCGGCCAGCUGCUCGGCCCCUGUGUUCAGCGGGGUUUCCUGCAUGAAGCUGCAGAACAGCCAUGCUAUCAAAACACCCUGCAUUCGCUUUUUCAGGACCCAUCAAGCUCUCAGAAGAUGUGCAAGUCCAGCCUCUCCAGGAAUUCCAUACAAACAGCUCACAGUCGGUGUCCCGAAAGAAAUUUUCCAGAAUGAAAAGCGUGUGGCGCUGUCUCCCGCUGGCGUCCAGGCGCUCAUCAAACAGGGCUUCAACGUCGUCGUGGAGUCUGGAGCCGGAGAGGCUUCCAAGUUCCCAGAUGAACAGUAUGUCCAGGCCGGAGCGACAAUUAAAGACGUCAAAGAUGUCUUGACAUCUGAUGUGUUGGUUAAGGUCCGUGCUCCCGUUUUCAACCCUGCUUUGGGCGUCCAUGAGGUGGAGUUGAUGAAGGAUGCAGCCACUUUAUUCAGCUUCAUCUACCCGGCUCAGAACCCUGAGCUGAUGGAUAUGCUAUCCCAGAAGAAAGCCACUGUCGUUGCUAUGGACCAGGUUCCCAGAGUCACCAUCGCCCAGGGUUACGAUGCCCUGAGCUCUAUGGCAAACAUUGCAGGGUACAAGGCCGUUGUGCUCGCAGCUAACAGCUUUGGUCGUUUUUUCACCGGACAAAUCACAGCAGCUGGGAAAGUGCCACCUGCAAAGGUGCUGAUUAUUGGAGGAGGUGUGGCUGGGCUGGCAGCAGCAGGUAGUGCCAGGUCCAUGGGAGCUAUUGUCAGAGGAUUUGACACCAGAGCUGAUGCUUUGGAGCAGUUUAAAUCUUUGGGCGCAGAGCCACUGGAGGUGGACAUGAAGGAGUCAGGAGAGGGCCAGGGAGGCUACGCCAAGGUAAUGUCAAAGGAGUUCAUAGAAGAAGAGAUGAAGCUGUUUGCCAGACAGUGUCAGGAGGUGGACAUUGUCAUCAGCACUGCUCUUAUCCCAGGUAGACGAGCGCCCAUCCUGAUCACCAAACCAAUGAUUGAGAGCAUGAAAGAUGGGUCAGUGGUGGUGGACCUGGCAGCUGAGGCCGGAGGAAAUAUUGAGACCACCGAACCCGGAGAGUUGUCAGUAUACAAGGGAGUGACCCAUAUUGGCUACACAGACCUGCCCAGCCGUUUGCCCACACAGUCCAGCACUCUGUACUCCAACAACAUCACUAAGUUGUUGCGGGCUGUCAGCCCCGGCACGGAGAACUUCUACCUGGAUGUAAAGGACGCGUUUGACUAUGGAACAAUGGAUCAUGUUGUCAGAGGAUCUGUGGUCAUGCAGGAUGGAAAGAACCUGUUCCCCGCUCCUCAGCCUAACAACUUGCCUACCGCCGCUCCUCCUAAAACCAAGUCUGUCAAAGAACUGGCGGCAGAGAAGGCUUCACAUGUCUCCCCCUUCCAGGCUAGACUCACCACUACUAGCAUGUACACUGGAGGUUUCGCCACCCUGUUGGGUCUGGGUCUGGUAGCUCCUAAUGCCGCCUUCACCCAGAUAGUCACCACCUUUGGCCUGGCAGGCAUCGUGGGAUACCACACUGUGUGGGGCGUCACUCCUGCUCUGCACUCUCCACUCAUGUCUGUCACCAACGCCAUCUCAGGUCUGACGGCUGUGGGUGGUCUGUCCCUGAUGGGAGGCGGCUACACCCCGACAACUACCGCUGAGACACUGGCUGUGCUCGCCGCCUUCAUCUCCUCAGUCAACAUCGCUGGUGGUUUCCUGGUGACUAAGAAGAUGUUGGACAUGUUCAAGCGUCCCACUGAUCCUCCAGAGUACAACUACCUCUAUCUGCUUCCUACCGGCGUCUUCAUCGGAGGAUACGGUGCUGCUCUGCAGUCUGGAUACAACAUUGAACAGAUGAUGUACUUGGGUUCAGGCUUGUGCUGUGUCGGCGCCCUUGCUGGCCUUUCCAACCAGUCCACAGCCCGUCUGGGUAAUGCUUUGGGUAUGAUUGGAGUUGCUGGGGGGAUCGCUGCCACUCUGGGUGCCCUCAAACCAAGUCCUGAGCUCCUGGCACAGAUGAGUGCAGCCAUGGCUGUAGGCGGCACUGCCGGCCUGACCAUCGCUAAGAGGAUCCAGAUCACCGACUUGCCCCAGCUGGUAGCUGCCUUCCACAGCUUGGUGGGGCUGGCCGCAGUGCUCACCUGUGUGGCUGAAUACAUGAUUGAGUACCCUCACUUCGCCACAGACCCCGCUGCCAACCUCACCAAGAUAGUGGCGUACCUCGGCACCUACAUCGGUGGAAUCACUUUCAGCGGCUCUUUGGUGGCAUAUGGCAAACUGCAGGGUGUUCUGAGCAGUGCUCCCUUGGCGCUCCCUGGUCGUCACGCUCUGAACGCCAGUCUUAUGGCCGCGAGUGUUGGUGCGAUGAUUCCCUACAUGUUGGACCCCAGUUACACCACAGGCAUCACCUGUCUGGGGUCUGUCUCUGCUCUCUCUGCUGUCAUGGGUGUAACCUUGACAGCAGCUAUUGGAGGUGCUGACAUGCCAGUGGUCAUCACCGUACUGAACAGCUACUCGGGCUGGGCCCUGUGUGCUGAGGGCUUCCUGCUCAACAACAACCUGCUGACCAUCGUUGGGGCUCUCAUCGGGUCAUCUGGAGCCAUUCUGUCAUACAUUAUGUGUGUGGCCAUGAAUCGUUCUCUGGCUAAUGUGAUCCUGGGAGGCUAUGGCACGUCUUCCACCGGUACAGGAAAGCCCAUGGAGAUCGUUGGGACCCACACUGAGGUCAACGUGGAUCAGACCGUCGACAUGAUUAAAGACGCGCAUAAUGUUAUCAUCGUUCCAGGUUAUGGACUCUGUGCUGCGAAGGCGCAGUACCCCAUCGCCGAGCUGGUGAAAAUGCUGCAUGAUGCUGGCAAGAAAGUCAGGUUUGGUAUUCACCCUGUCGCUGGCCGUAUGCCUGGUCAGCUCAACGUGCUGUUGGCUGAAGCCGGUGUCCCAUAUGAUAUUGUUCUGGAAAUGGAAGAGAUUAAUGAUGACUUCGCUGAGACGGACCUGGUUCUGGUGAUUGGUGCCAAUGACACAGUGAACUCCGCAGCCCAGGAAGAUCCCAACUCUAUCAUUGCUGGUAUGCCCGUGCUGGAGGUCUGGAAGUCUAAACAGGUGGUCGUGAUGAAACGUUCCUUGGGUGUGGGAUACGCAGCUGUCGACAACCCCAUAUUCUACAAGCCCAACACCGCCAUGUUGCUAGGUGACGCCAAGAAGACCUGUGAUGCCCUGCAAGCCAAGGUCCGCGAAAGCCAGAGCCAGUAAGACGGUUAACCCCCCUCCUCCAAAAAAGGAAACUCCACUUUGAGCACACAUAGAGCGAAGAAGGUAGAAGACAAAGAUUAAGUAAAAAGAUUUUUGGCAAACCCUUCCUAUAAUCUAUAAAUAAAAGAAAUGACAGCAUUUAUUAUAAACAAUAUAUUUGUGCAGUAGAAGCCAAGCAAUGCUGAUACUGAUUUCUGGUUAGUGCUCCCACUGUUAUAAUGUACGUGAAUACAGGUUUUCUUUCUCUUUCUUCUUUUAUUCCUAGAUAUUAAAGGAAGGGUGCGUCAACUAUGUCUAAGUGCUCUGUAUAUUCUGACUACGUCAUCGUAAUUUUGGACACCUAUAUAAUGUAAAACGACAAUCUGAAAUGUAGAUGCUUUAAGAUGUUAGAUAUGUAAGAUUUGAGAUAUUUUUAAGAAAAAGUAAAUUUAUAGAUGAUUUAGAAUGAAUAUUUAACAAAAAGCACAGAAAUGAAGGGGAACCGCCAGAAAAAAAAAAAAGGUAUGAGAGACCUAACUACUAAGGGUUUUUUUUCCACACUGUAAAAAGUUUUCUUCCCCAUAUCCCAGUUCUCUUUUCUUAAAAUAAGUUGAUCUGUGUGCCCUUUGAUAGAUCUCAAAUGCUUUUGUCGCACAUGGUGUGUUUUCCUCUCAAUGCCUUAUUUUUUAUGUACGAGUCAAAAGAAAAAAAGCAAAAUGGUGCAACAUUUUUUGUAAGGUUCUUUCAGUUCAAGCUUUAUACUGUAUUGAGAGAUUUUUGUAUGCGGUCUGAUAAUUAUCAUAAACCUAGAACAAUGCCUGUGAUCACGUUUUAGAAGCCUUAACCAGUAUUUGAAAUCUACUCAUGCUCUUUGCUUUUUUUCUUUUCACUUGAGUGUGUCUUGUGACUUUCACCCAAGCCUCUAGUGCAGCAAUCGCACUCGGAUCCAAAAACAGUUAAAAUUCCAUUCCAACCUCUUCUAUCAAGCAUUUAAUGCAAUACACCAAAUGGACGUGACCUUUUGAGUGCGAGCUUGUCAUGCAAGUAAAGGUUAUACCACUCCUACAAACAAACACUCUUGUAGCUCUGAUAGCUUAGUGGAUUUUAUGGUGUUUUUGGGGCCAGGUGUGUCCCAUCACCGUGUGUGGUUCAGAUAUUACAGUACAUGUGGUGUUUGCCUUCGGCCUCUACGGUAAAAGAGUUUAUUUUGUAAGUGAAUGUGGCUCGAUUUGCCUUCAUCCACUCCAAUAUUUGUGUCCUCAUUAUUGCUCUACAGGGAAAUGAAGGAUUACAGUUUCUAAAGGGAGGCCAGAUGUUAACCUGACUUGUUAUGUAAAGUCGAAAGUAACAAUGCAGUUAUUUUAAUGUGAGUUGUUGCCACAUUUCAGAGCACAUUGAUUGUAAAACCUUAAGUUAGCAUUUAUGAAUUCUAAUAGUCCUUUCCUUUGUUAAAGCCCAACAUUUGCCAUAACUGUAAACUUGUGCCAAAAUUUCCCUUUUUUAUGCUCAAUCUGGGUUAGAUUGCACAAAUGUAUAUGUUUUGUUCUUGAAAGAUCAAGUUCCCGCCUUACCCCAGCAAAGUUCCCACUCUACACCUGACUUUACGCAGGUGAGCCAACCAAACUAAAAACACCAGGAACUUAGUGCAUUGAGUUUUAAUUUUGGGUUAUGAUAUUUUAAUGGUCAUAAUACAGUAGGUGAAUUUGUGAGUAAGAUAUUUUCCUAGUACAUGGUUUAAGGAACAAUGACACAGUUUUCUUCACUCUAAUUCAGUCUUUUUAAAAAUGUACUGUAUGUAGUCAGGAUGCAGAUUUGAGAAGUAGACCUGCUCAUCUGCCCUAUAGUUUUCAUCCUGGGACCUGAUAAGUUGACCAUGACAACUGUCCUACCUCUCCAUAAAAUGACCAAUAGCUUUCCAUGUCAUCUGACCAAUCACGCUUGUCUGCCUCUUCCACAGGACCAGUCAUUUUCAUCCUUAAUUCAGCCAUUCAG